UGUGCAGACGCCUGUCAGCGAACGGCCUGCCUUCCCCGUUCCGAGCCGAUUGUUUCGAUUAGCGAAACUGUGGAAGCCCCGCAUUAAACAGCAGAGCCCCGCAAACUAAACACUUAAACACGGAGGAUAUUAGAAAUGACAACAGCCCUCCCCCCCCCUCCCCAAACUAGAAAAACACCACGUUUCAUAUUCAAGUUUGCAUAAAUAAUUAAAAUAACGCAAUUCUUCCAAACGAAGAAUGCGUUUUUGUUGCGGUUAGUUGCGUAAACCAGGCCAAAGCAGGGGGCUGGAUUUCCUCAGUACGCGGGGAGAAAACACCUUGUGCGGUUUGGACGGCGGCAGGGGCAGCUCCUAAUCAGUUUCAGUUUGAGGUUACCUGCAUGCCAGCCCUGAGGAGAUCCCAACCCUGUGUGAGAAUGAGAUUGGUGGACGUCUGUAGCGGCUCCGAGAUCUGAAGGAGGCACCCUCCUUGAGCAGCCCCGAGGACACCAUGCUCCCGUGGAACCAGUGAUGGAUCCGGACAUCUUCUCCCAUAUCCGGCUGUGGUGCCCCCGGCCUUUUGGGACCAGUGGAGUUGGUGGCUCUCUGCUGAAAACAGCCAGCGACCUUGUAUGCCGGGGGCCUCAAGGGGAGGAGGGGGAGGAGGAGCCCACCUUGGAGAACACUCCCCCAGUCACUCCCCCCUCCCUCUCCUCCAAUGGGAACCAGGUUGAGGAUGGCCGUGUGCUGCUGGACACCUGGUACGUCAUCAAGCCUGGGAACACCAAGGAAAAAAUUGCUUUCUUUGUGGCCCACCAGUGCAACGGGCUGGGCUUGACCCGACCCAACACCAUGAAGGUCAAAGGGAACUGGAGCACCGACUGCUCCAAGGCUAAGCGCCGCCGCUGCUCCUCCUACGACCCAAGCAAGUCCAGAGCCAAUAGCUCUGAGCUGGAGAAGGAGCCCGGGGAACGCCUGGACGAGGGGGACUGUCUGGAGACAGAGCUCAGCGAGACAGAACUGCUGUCUGUGGCAGAGAUGGUGGCCCUGGUGGAACAGCGUACCGCCAUGGCCAUGCAGGAGGUCAUUGGACAGGUGCCUUCCCAGAGCCUGAGCACAGUUAGGAGCCUCUCUAGCACCACCACCAGUACCCAGGACUCGGAGGUGUUCCUCUCAGAAGAGGAGACACCUGCCCCAGAUGCUGAUCCCCCUUCCUCUCUCCAACUUCCCCCAGCAGAGAGAGAGCCACCUGAUUCCAGGCGUGUAGCAGAGGCCGUUGCCCACUUUGAGUCUCAGCAACAGCAGCUAGAGAGUGCCCUCCUGAGACGCAAUGGGGUGUCGCAGGAGAAGACUGGAGGUGGGGUGGGGGCGAGCAGGGGGACUGGAGGAAAUGGCAGUGGUGGAGGAGGGGGAGGAAGGGAGGUUAGGAUCGCCUUCCGUGUCUCAAGCAUGGACCCUUGCUGUCAGGCUGAAACAGGUAGCUCUGGGCGUACCAACUGCAUGUUUUUGAGCUGUGGUGGGGGAAGCCCGACAGGGGGUGCCAGGGCCAAAGAGAAGAUCACCUGUGACCUUUACCAGCUGGUGAGCCCUUCCUCUCGCGACCCCCUGCCUCCCAGCAACAUGGAUAUCCUGCUGGCUGCCACCGCCUCCCCCAAGGGGACUGGGGAAUCCAGAGGAGAGGGACCUCAAGAGCACCAGAUCCCACCCAUAAGUUCAGACUCUACCCCUGACGGCGAGGCUGGGGAGAAGGGUGGCGAGAGAUUGCGGGAGUGUGUGUCCGGUUUUCACGUAGAAGUGGUGGUGACUGGCGCAGUGGACCAGUGUGUCUUCUAUGGGAAGGACAGCACCGAGAAUGUGAAGGAGGAGACUGUCCGUUUCACAGUAGGAUCCCCGGCCCCAGAUUCUUUGCCUUGUCCGGGGUGCGAGGAAAACCCUCCCCCUCCGGGACAGCUCUUCUUUUACCACACCCAAACUGAACUGCCUGAUGAGGACAGCAAGCAGCUGGAGAUGCAGAACUCCCUUGACUGCACUAACAAUAACCGCAGCAGUGCCGGCGGUGAGCGGUUGGACUCCAGUGAUUCACCCACGGGUCAGGAUCCGGAUUCCUCGGACUCUUCCCUGUGCCGGCUCUACCGCCACAUCUCCCACGACUUCUUGGAGAUUCGCUUCAAGAUCCAGAGGCUGCUGGAGCCCCGGCAGUACAUGCUUCUCAUGCCCGACCACAUCAUGGUGAACAUCUUUAGCUAUCUCCCCACGCGUUCACUUGCUGCCCUCAAGUGCACCUGCCACUACUUUAAGGCCCUCAUAGAGACCUACGGCAUUCGUGCGACAGACUCUCUCUGGAACAAAGACCCACUGUACCGAGACGACCCCUGCAAACAGUGCAAGAAGCACAACGAGAAGGGGGACGUGUCGCUGUGCCGCUGGCACCCCAAACCUUACCACCACGACCUGCCUUACGGACGCUCCUACUGGAUGUGCUGCCGACGCACCGACAAGGACACGCCAGGCUGCCGCGUCGGCCUCCAUGACAACAACUGGGUGCAGCCCUGUGAACUGGUGCAGAGCCGUGCUAAGAGGGAGGAUGGGAGGUGAAAUUUGAAAGGUCCCAGUGGAGGAAUUGAGACUGUUUUCCAUGACGGGAGUUUGGAGGAUGGCUACAUGCUUGCUGAAAGGGUCCAGUUUAACAACACUUUGUAAUCUCUUUGGUUUGUGAGUGCUGCAAGUGUGUGUGUGUGUUGUUUUGUUUUUUUCUUUCUCCUUUCUCUUUCCAAGUACAGAUUUAUGGCUGAAACUUUUUUUUUUUGUUUUUUUUUUCAAAGUCCUUCUCAAACAGGAGAGCUGCCACCUGACUACAAGAUUUCCUUUCUCCUUUCCACCCUCCUUUUGCCCAGUAAAACACCUCCUAAGAUAUAGAUCCUGCAAGUAGGCAUAGCCAGAAGAUUCAAAAUUGGUGAUUUACAAAACCAGGGCUGUCU